AGGGUUUAGCGAUGGGUUUGGAACAACACUGUCGGAAUUGUCAAACCCACUUCUUUUGCGUUUUUUAAAACGUGGCUGCCAGUAGAGUAUGUUUAGUGUACGGCCGUCAUGAAAUUAAGAACAAUUAUCUUGGUAGUAAUAAAUUUAGUGACUUUGGUGAAUGCUCAGUUGCUCGAUGGAAUUUAUUGCGGCAAAGAAAAUUGUUACGAUGUGUUGGGAGUCACGAGAGAGGCUGCGAAAAGCGAAAUAUCGAAGAAUUACAGAAAGUUAGCGAAACAGUUCCAUCCUGACUUGCACCGGGGAGCCGAGGCCAAAGAAGUAGCAGAGGAAAACUUCAAAAGAAUAGCUAAUGCUUAUGAAAUACUGAAAGAUGAAGAGGCCAGACAGGAUUAUGAUUAUAUGUUGGAUAAUCCCGAUGAGUACUAUGCUCAUUACUACAGGUAUUAUAGGAGGCGCGUUGCCCCCAAAGUAGACGUUAGAUUAGUUAUAGUUGUAACAUUAACCGUGAUAUCUGCAAUACAAUACUAUAGUGGCUGGCAGCGCUAUGACACUGCCAUUACUUACUUUAUGACCAAACCAAAGUAUAGAAAUAGGGCUUUAGAUAUAGCUAAACAAGAGGGUUUGUUUAAUGAUGAGAAAAAAGGUAGGAAACAUAAAAUGUCCAAGGAAGAACAGGAAUUGAUUAUUAAGAAAAUUAUUGAAGAUAAAAUGGAUAUAAAAGGUGCCUAUGCUAAGCCUAGCAUUAUGGAUAUUCUGUGGAUACAGUUAAUAAUAUUUCCUUAUACAUUAGUUAAAUAUAUUUAUUGGUAUAUUUCCUGGAUUUGGAGACAUACAAUUUGCAAACAGCAUUAUAGUGAAGAAGAAAAAUUGUACAUAAUUCGUAAAUACUUAAAAAUGGGACAGCAUCAAUUUGAUAGCCAAGAAGACCACAAAAUUGAUGAAUUUUUAAGGAGAGAAUUGUGGAUUAAAGAGAAUUUUGAUGUGUGGUUCAAAGAAGAGGAAGAAAAUGCUAAAAAGCAACUAGCUGAAAAUAAUAGAUACAAACAAUAUCGAAGAUACAUGAAAAAUCAUGGUGUUGGAAGAAUGACCUUUGAUGAUUCAUAGCUAUUUUUUAUUAUAAAAUUUUAAAACUUUAUGGUAUCUAAUUUUACAUAAUUUUAUAAAUGUUGUAAAAGUGAGGUUUGUGAAUACUGUUUUUAAUUUAUUUUUUAUUUAUUUAAUAAAAAGAACUGUUAAAACCA